GAAAGUGCAAUUUCUCACUGUCUUGCCUCUAACACAGCUUGGGGUCCAAAGGUGGCUGCCAAAACUGAGAUUUAAAACUGUGCUCACAUUGAUUAAAGUUCCCAAGGGCAAGAUGUGAAAUGCGGUGGUUUGGAGAAGGACUAUUGGAUAAAAAUCCACUGAAACUUAUUUUUUUUCCCAGGCAUGCCAGGUGUCUCAUCAUUUUCAGUUUCUGCCUGGGACUUUCCUGCCUCUCAGGAUUCCUCCAUAUGAAGAAUAAGAAUUACAGCAUCUCGAAGAGCCACGAGGAGCUGCUGAUCCCUCCCACGCUGUGCCAUGCCAAGACGAACGUCAUGUUCCUCAAAACCCACAAGACUGCCAGCAGCACUGUGCUCAACAUCAUGUUCAGGUUCGCAGAGAGGUACAACCUCACUGUCGCCCUCCCUGCUGACCAGCUCUUCCACCUGGGAUACCCAAGGACUUUUGUGGCCCACUUUGUGGAGGGCUUUGAAACCAUAGGCCAAAAUUACAACAUCAUGUGCAAUCACCUGCGGUUUAACCCCUUGGAGGUAAAAAAGGUGAUGGCAGCCAACACUUUCUACUUCUCCAUCCUGAGGAACCCCAUUCUUCUGCUGGAGUCUUCCUACAUCUACUACAAGGACUCUGUGCCUGCCUUCCGGAGUUCCAAGAAUGUGAACGAAUUCCUGGAAUCACCCACAAAGUAUUACCACCCAGCAGAUUACAGGAAAAACAUGUACGCCAGGAAUAUCAUGUGGUUUGACUUUGGCUACGAUAACAACGCGAAGGAUGACAAGAACUACACCCAGGCUGUCCUGGAAGAGAUCGAGCAGAACUUCCACCUCAUCUUGAUAGCAGACUACUUUGAUGAGUCCAUGAUCCUCUUGAAGCACACUUUGUGCUGGGACCUGGAUGAUGUGAUUUACUUCAAGCUCAAUUCCAGAAGCCAGGACACUGUCCAGACGUUGACUGCGGAAAGCGAGGAGCAGAUAAAAGUGUGGUGCUCGCUGGACUGGAAGCUCUACUUGCACUUCAACCAGAGCUUCUGGAGGAGAAUUGAGCAGACCAUAGGGCUCAGGGUGCUGGGAGAGGAGGUGGAUCACCUGCGGACCAGACAGAAGGAGCUCAUGGAGACUUGUCUCUCAGAGCAGGAGGCAGUGAGGAAGGAUCACAUCAGGAAUAAAGCUCUUCUGCCUUUCCAGUCAGGGGCUGCAAAUAUCCUGGGUUACAACCUCAAACAAGACUUGGACAACAAGACUCUGAGAACCUGCCAGAAAAUGGUCAUACCAGAGCUCCAGUACACGUCCUACCUUUAUGCUGUCCAACACCCGCACAAGAAGAGGAAGGAUGUGGGGCUGCCAUUGCUGUGGACCAGUCUCCAGGAGAAGAUGCAGCUCCCACAGUCCAACUAGGACAUGUGGCAACACACUGUGGCUUCCCACCGCUUUGCAUCACCCCUUGUCUGACAUGUAACUGACCCACAGGACUCUUGUGCAUGAGAGGAAGGCAGUGGGGGCUUUGUUUAGGGACACCAAGUUGGUGGCUGGUCUCUUUUUGGGGACCUUGAGCCAAAGGCUUUGCAUCAUCCAGAUCCUGGGUGAUCCCACCUGCCUGCUUCUGGCUGGAGGGAGCCAGGCUGGCUGCAGCUGGUCAAGACAUUCCAGCCUCUUAAUCAUUAAUCGGGAGCGUGAUCAUUUGCCUUCAUUUCAUUUUAUUUGAUAUCCAUCAGUCUGGUCAC